AUGUUAGAUAAUCGAACAACACGUGUUGUUGCUUUUUACCAAACAAGACAAAACGUUUCGUCUUCAAAUCAAAAAAUGUCCCAUAUAACACGGAAUGACACUGUUCUUUUCGUUGAACAACUAUGUUUAUCGUCGUUUUCCUUGGGUUCCACUCAAAAUGUGAUAUGUUUGGCGGUUAUAUUGGUUUUGACAUUAGUUUUCUUAUAUGAAAUAUACAAGCAAUUUUCGAGUGUAAUCCGAUUACACUCGACAAUAUCAAGUUAUUGCAGUGAUCCACGGGGUUUUGGUAAUCGAUUUUUAUUGUGUAUCACAUUUCUUGCGUCAUAUACAUUAACGAACCUAGUCGAUGAUGAAUACUCCUUGGCUAAAUUAACCGCUAGUCAAUUAGAAGACAAGGGAAAAUAUAUUCUUCAAACUGGAGUGAAUAUGAUUUUACCACUGGUAGGAGUAUUUUAUACAAGAGGCAAUGGACUCGUACAAAAUACGUCCUUUAACAUAGGUUUAAACUUAAAAAUGCCAAUUAUUAUUAGUGAACUCCUUCAUGUUUUUUCAGGACAACUAUGGGUAGGAGUAUUGACACUUCUAAAUAUUGAAUACGGAAUGAAAUUAGUUGCAGAAGAUCAUAAAUUUGCAUAUGCUUACUUGAUAUGUUCAGUACUAACAGUAGUUUUCGAAAUCAUCUAUAUUCUAUUGCAAGUGGUAAUCAGUAUCAAUAAUUCAGAGCAUGUUGAUCUUGAUAAAUAUUAUUGUCCGGAUUGUUCAACAACCGAUCAUCAGCCUCAAAUACAGGUCAAUUCGAUUGAACAAAAAGUAUUAGACAAUAAUACUUGUACUCGAUGUCUUAGAUGUGACCCAAAAGCUGCACCUACCAUCGAUGAAACAUUUGGUAAAACGGAAUUAAAAACUCCCAUUGAUUUUCUAGUCAAAGAAUGGAAAAGUAAUUGGUUAAGAUCAUUAUUUUAUUCAUGUUUUGGGAACGUUCAAUAUCCAACAUACAUCCAACUCCAUGCAAUGAGUUUUAUUUUUGAAACAAUUGUGUUUGGUAGUACCGCUGCUCUGGCACUCGUAGGAACACUGAUGAGAAAACAGGUACAUUGCGAACUAUUGGGAUUUUGACAGAAUAUCUUUUUGUAAUGCUUGGUGAUGGUUCAUCUUUUCUUCUCUGAAUAUUCUUCUAGAGUUAAGUGAAGCAGAAAAACUGUUCUUUAAACAAAAUGAUUCCUGUUUUCAAAAAGCUUAACAGAGCGACACU